AUCUCUGCGGUGUGCGAAGUCGAGGGCAUAAAACGCUCGCGUCCUCUGCUUCGCCACCUCUUGUUCCCCUUUUGUUCCCAGAUCUCCCUAAUUUUCUCUUGCGAGUUCGAUCGAUCGAUCUGCGGAGGCGGCAUGGCCGAGCAGCUCACCGACGACCAGAUCGCAGAGUUCAAGGAGGCCUUCAGCUUGUUCGACAAGGACGGCGAUGGCUGUAUCACAACUAAGGAGCUUGGAACUGUGAUGCGUUCUUUGGGUCAGAACCCUACUGAAGCAGAACUACAAGACAUGAUAAAUGAGGUUGAUGCUGAUGGCAAUGGUACAAUCGACUUUCCCGAGUUUCUUAACUUGAUGGCUCGCAAGAUGAAGGAUACAGAUUCAGAGGAGGAGCUGAAGGAGGCCUUCCGAGUGUUCGACAAGGAUCAGAAUGGCUUCAUCUCUGCUGCUGAACUUCGUCACGUCAUGACCAACCUCGGCGAGAAGCUUACAGACGAGGAAGUUGAUGAAAUGAUCCGUGAGGCCGAUGUUGAUGGUGAUGGUCAAAUCAACUAUGAGGAGUUUGUGAAAGUGAUGAUGGCGAAGUGAUUCCUCACAAUAAGAUAGAAGUUGGCGUGAGUUGUAAAAUGUCAUUUUAUUUUCCAGCCGGUAGUUACAUCCGAUUAGCCUUAGUUGGAAAAUUAGAACUGGGUGUCCUUCAUCAGUAAUUGUUUCAUUAAACUUGACUUUGUUGCUUCAUUAACUUUAAAGCGUUUGCGUUUGAUUUCCGAUGGAACUAUUUUAUAUAAAUAUUUCUUGCGGUCUUGUUAUAA